GUGCGGGCGCAGGGGGAGGACGUGCUGCGGUCAAACUCGAUCCCUCGGGACAGGAGCGAAGACCUCCUGGUCAAACGCGGCAGCGGCGGGACCGGCGGCGGGAACGCAGCCGAGAACGGGGCCGCCAGCGAAGGCCGGCAGCGAGGGGACGGGGAGGCGCCCAGCAGCGGCGGCGGCAGCAGCGGCGGCGACGCCCCGUCGGACCCGGGCCCUGGCCUUUAA